AUGGCUCGCGCCUACCGCAAGUAUGGCUGGUCGAUGACCACUCCAGACGGAUCCCCCUGGGCCGCUGAGUUCAAUGCUGGGACUACCAUGGACCUUGACGCAGACGCUUCUUCUUCGUCCAGUGCUGCUUAUUACAGUGCUGCCACUUCGUGGGCCGCUUCUUCUUCUACUGCUGCUUCUUCUUCUGCUGCGGCUGCCGCUACUGCCGCUUCUUCUCCGGCUCCCGCUGCCAACGCUGAUGAUGAGACCGGAGAGGUGGCCGCUACCCCUGCUGACAACGGUGCCGAAUAUCUUUCUCCUGUUACCAUUGGUGGCCAGAAACUCAACCUGAAUUUCGACACCGGCUCUUCCGACUUAUGGGUCUUCAGUACCUCUCUUUCCAGCUCUGAGAUCGGACAGCACAGCGCCUUCAACCCUUCCAAGAGCUCAUCUUACCAAGAACUUCAAGGUUACAGUUUCAGCCUCUCGUACGGUGACGGAAGCGGCGCUGCAGGUGUUGUAGGUACCGAUACUGUCGACAUUGGUGGUGCAACUGUGACUCGUCAAGCCAUCGAGCUGGCCACUUCCGUGUCAAGCGCUUUCGUGUCAGAUGCCGACUCGGACGGUCUUGUCGGCCUUGCAUUCUCAAAUCUCAACUCGGUGUCGCCUACACCUCAGAAGACCUUCUUCGACAACAUCAUGUCUGAGCUGGCGCAGCCUGUCUUUACGGCAUGUCUGGAUCUUGAUGGAAGUGGAACGUACGAAUUCGGCACGAUCGAUUCUUCCAAGUUCACAGGCGACUUGGAGUUCACGCCUGUUAAUGCAGCCUCUGGAUUCUGGCAGUUCGACAGCAACUGCUACAGCAUUGGCGGCAAGACCUACAACAGAACUAACGCUUCACCGGCCAUUGCCGACACUGGUACCAGUCUGCUGUUGCUUGAUCCUGAAGUUGUUCAAGCGUACUAUUCUCAAAUUCCAAGCGCCAACUAUGACAGCACAGUUGGCGGCUACACAUACGACUGUUCGGAAAACCUGCCUGAUUUCGCAGUGGCUGUCGGAGAGAACUACAUGGCUAACAUCCCUGGCUCGGGUAUCACAUUCUCUCCAGUCGAUUCGAAGACUUGCUUCGGUGGUAUUCAAAGCAACUCGGGCAGUGACGUUCAAAUCUUUGGCGACGCGUUGCUUAAGCACCACUUUGUUGUGUUCCACGGAGAGUCGAACCUUCUGGGCAUGGCUGCCAAGGCUUAG